AUGCAAUGGAGCGAGCGCAACUACAACCGCAACCGCAACCGCAACCGCAGCACCAGAACCCACCCACCCCCACCCCUUACUAACAGCAACAACAACUAUAACAAUGACGAAGCCCCAAAAACACUAGUGGAGUCUGAACAGAUGUGGAUGCGGAUGCGGAUGCGGAUGCAGGACCAGAUCCAGAUCCAGAUCCAGAAACAACCCCCCGCAGAGGCAAACGGUGAGAAUAUCAAGGAAGAUCAGAAGGCUUUUGAGAAGCGGCGGUUGCGACGCGAGAAGAAGGCGCAAAACCGUGAAAACCAAAGGAAAAGGAAAGAGGCCGUAAGGAGGCUGGGACUACCGCGUGGGACAUAUGUUCCUUGUCCGGAGGAGGCAGUGAGGAUAUACGAGCAAGCGCAACGAGAGGAAGAAUAUGCGAGGAGGGUAGAGGAGACACGAAGGGCGGAGGAGCAGGAAGAUAAGUGGCUCAAGGAGGAGCAGCAGAGGCUUCAGAAGGAACAGCAGACGCGUGAAGACGAGCAGCAGAGGUUGAAGGAGGAGCAGAGGAAGCGGGAAUGCGAACAGAAAACGCAGGAAUACAAAAAGCUGGAGCUUGAGUAUAACACGAUGUACGAGGAACAUGUGAGGAUGGAGGAGGAGAAAAUCCCGGAACGGGAGGCCCAUGUACAACGGGUUCUACGACAGCAGGAGAGACUGGACCGACUGCAUGAGAAACACAUGGAAUUGCGGGACAUGAAGCGGCAGGGGCGGAUCGGGCACGAGCAGUGGGCUAAGCAACUGCAGGGGAUUCAGCACCAGUAUGUGCUUGAGGCACAUCAGUGGACUGAGCAGCAGGAGUGGCUCGAACGAGACGAGUGGACGCUGUAUCAGAACCACCGCGAGAGGGAGCAACUCUAUCACAGAAAGAAAAACAAUUUGGAAGAACUUGAGCAACAACAGAAACUUGAACAAGAGAAGAAAUUGGCUAACAAGAAGAAAGUCGAGGCACGGAAGAUAAAAGAGAAGGAACUCAAGGAACAGAAGAAGCUGCAGAGGAGGCUCGCGCAUGAAAGGAGGGUCGAGGAGCAGCGAAUCCUGAAACAGAAGAAGAAGAAGAAGAAGAAGAAGAAGAAGAAGAAGAAGAAGAAGAAGAAGAAGAAGAAGAAGAAGAAGAAGCUCAAUGACCAGAAGCAGCUUGAGCAUCAAAAGAAACUCGAGGAACAGCAGAUUUUGAAGCAGGAGAAGCUGCCACAGCAACAGCGAAAGGAGCAGAAUCUAAGAUGGGACCGCGAGCAGAAACAGGCGCAGCUGAUGGUUUCAAAUCAGCGAAAACCCCUCCCCGGAUGGGGGCCGUACGGGAUAUAUCGCUAUCCACCAUGA